AGGGGGAGCGGGGAGGGUCGCGCCUGCUCCCACCGGCAGGGGCCGCCGCCGCCAGGCUGAGGGGAGCGGAGCUCGAGGUGCGUAACGGGGCCGCUACCGCCGCGAGCAGGGCGGCGGCUUCCAGGUCCCCGCGCCGCUACCGCACCGCUCGGAUGGCUGCAGCUCCUCCAAGUUACUGUUUCGUAGCCUUUCCCCCGUGUUCUAAAGACGGGCUGGUGGUAUUUGGGAAGAACUCCGCACGGCCUAGGGAUGAAGUACAGGAGGUGGUCUACUUUGCUGCUGCAACUCAUGAUCCGGGAAGUAAAGUUGAGUGCACGUAUAUUGAGAUUGAGCAGGUGCCGAAGACCCAUGCUGUGGUGCUGAGCAGACCCUCCUGGCUUUGGGGGGCAGAAAUGGGAGCUAAUGAGCAUGGAGUCUGUGUAGCUAACGAAGCCGUUGUGACCAGAGAACCAGCUUCUGAAUCGGAAGCCUUGCUUGGAAUGGAUCUUGUCAGACUUGGCCUAGAAAGAGGUGCAACCGCUAGAGAAGCAUUAGAUGUAAUAGUUGCUCUGUUGGAAGAGCAUGGACAAGGAGGGAAUUACUAUGAAGAUGGGAGUUCAUGUCAUGCUUUCCAAAGUGCGUUUUUGAUUGUGGACAGAAACGAAGCCUGGAUACUGGAGACUUCUGGAAAGUAUUGGGCAGCAGAAAAAGUCACAGAGGGAGUGAAAUGCAUUUGCAAUCAGCUUUCAUUAACUACAAAAAUUGAUGCUGAACAUCCGGAACUGAGGAAUUACGUGAGAAGUCAAGGCUGGUGGAAUGAAGACACAGACUUCAAUUUUUCUGAAGUGUUUUCUCUUGCUAAUGACCAUUUAGCCUGCUGUUCUGGCAGGGAGAGCCUGGAAAAGCAAGGUGGUGACGUUUCUGCACAAACUAUGAUUGAUGUGCUGCGUGACAAGGAUAGUGGUGUCUGUGUGGACUCUGAAUCUUUCCUUACUACAGCUAGCAUAGUGUCUGUUCUGCCUCAGGACCCUAGUUUUCCCUGUGUUCAUUACUUCACUGGCACGCCAGACCCUUCAAGGUCCAUAUUUAAACCCUUUAUUUUUGUUGAUGACGUAAAAUUAGUACCAAAAGUUCAGUCCCCUUCUUUUGGUGAUGAUGAUCCUGCUAAAAAGAUACCUCGAUUCCAGGAGAAACCUGAUCGCAGGCAUGAAUUGUACAAGGCACACGAAUGGGCCCGGUCUCUCCUUGAGAGUGAUCAGGAUAAGGGCCAGAAACUGAUGAGGAUUAUGUUAGACCUCGAAAAACAAGGCUUAGAAGCAAUGGAAGAUAUCCUUACUCGUACAGAGAUUCUGGAUCCUGCUGAAGUAGUGGAUCUCUUCUAUGACUGUGUUGACACAGAACUGAAGUUCUUCAAAUGAACUACAGUGGCUACUGUUAGCCUUUUCACAGGAAGACUGCAAAGUUCUUCAAGCCUUGAAAGAAAGUCUUCACCCUUGUGAAUUUGCAGGAAUAACGUUUCUAGAGGAAAAAAUGUUACUUGCUAGCUAUAUCUGGUUAACAAAUUGCUUUCCUUUGUCCAAUCUUGUGGCGUUCCUGUUUGUGUAUGUAUAUAGUGAAAGGAGAAAAUCACUGACUGGUCCAAUUACUGUGUGCAUGCUGGCUAAUUUAGUACAGAAUGUUUAAAUAUGUAUGUUGGGCAACCAAUUAAAGCAAAGAUUAACUUCAUCAGGAUAACAACCAUAUUGUCAUUGAAAGCAAUCUGUUUUUUUUUUCCUCUGCUGCUCAGGUCUAGGCUUGCAGCCACGCUGACUUGCAUUUUUCUCUUCUUGCUAAUUCAAAGAAUGGUAGAGUUGAAAUCCCAGUUUUGAGGGGAGGCAGGAAGGUAAGUCCUGCUUCUUGACCUUGUUGUACUGGUCUUGUACUGGUGUAUCUCGUAACAGUGGCUCAGCAUCUGACAUUGUGCCUGUACAAAUGACCAGAAUUGGGUUCCCCGGGUUAAGUUUUGCCUUUGCCUGCCCCCAGCUUCAGAAACCUUGUGUGUUUGUAAUGUACCUGGCUACUGCCCUAGUGCUGAGUACUGCAGUGCAGAGCCAGGCUGAAUGCCUAAGGCAUCUACACCCAACCUAUUGGCUCUUAAGACACCAUUAAUAAGGUGCUGUAUUUAUAUACAAGCUAUAAAUUUGGAAUAUUUUGGGGGGGAACACAUUGAUCAACAACUGGCUAUUCUCCCUCUUUCUGCCGUUGUAAUGGGAACAGCUACUGGUGAUCUCAGCCAUGAGCAUACCCAGCUGAUGAACCCGUGGCUUACUGAUGGGCCUGGUUAAGCUUAGAAAUGGGUGUCUUAUGCUUCCUUCCAUGACGUGCAGUUCUGCAGCAUGCUUGCGACUUGGCAGUCUUACAGACAGACCUACUUUUUGUGUAUUUUCUUCUUCUAGAAGUGAGGCGGGGCAAAUACUUUAAGACUUAAACCAGUAAACGCUGUUUCCUGUGUCAUAUUAAGACAGUUGUUUUAACAGGAGUGACAGAAAAGUCCAUGCUUUCAAUAAGUAGAAGUUAGCAUAUGGGGUUAAAAUUCUUCACUGUUCAGAGAAGGGGAUAAUGAUGAACCAGACUUUUGUAUUAAAAAACAAAAGCUCCUCAGGAGGCAGAAACACCUCAAGUUAAAACUGAAAUUAAGGAAAAUGUAAUAUUGACACACUGGCUUCUCUGAUUUAUUAUUUUUAAAAAUUGUUCUACUCACUACCUUAGUUUUGCCUUAUAUGACAACUGACAAUCGGAGAAAAAAAUGUUUGGCCUUUUCACUUGCACAAAACAAACGUGAAGACAUGUAGUUGCCUAUGCAAUUAUCUUCCCAUUCAUGCUGUAAUCCUCCCAAGCUCUAUUAUAGGAACAGCUCUACCUGUCCAGGUCUUUCUCCCUCAUUUCAGCUCCUGUGCCAAGGUAUUAUAAAAGUGGAGACAAGAAGGAGAAAAUAGGCAAGUAAACCUAAAACUUCUUUCUUCCUGGAUAGAGUAGAGACUGCAAGGAGCACAAUUAAUUUCAGUGAGUAUUGCGGUGGAUGAAGAACAUGAAAGAACAACAUGCUGACAACUCGAGUAAAUGGAUUUCUCAUGAAAUCCACUUGUGGGUGUUUUGAAUGAAGAUACUCCCACUCAAAGUAUCCUUAACACACACACACCAAGCUGAACUUCAAAGCUGCUUCUAUAGCCGUUGCUUGUUGAAUGCUUUGUGUAAUAAAAGAAGUAGCUGGCUGUUUGUGAACAAAGGGAAAUGAAUAAAAUACUUGUCCCAGCUAGAGGGCAGAGAUUAGGAUACGCCAUCUAACACAGCUCUUUUCACAACUCAGUUCUCUGAAAGUUAGAGGGGGGAGGGAGGCAGGAUGGAAGAAGAGGGUGUUCCUGCUAAAAAUGUAAUAAUAUAUUUGCCCACUUGAAGAAACAAACAUCUGCAAUUAUCUUGUUGGAAUUUAUGCUUAUUGGGAACAGUUUUUACGACAGAAUUAAUUGUUUUGAGCACAGCGAUCCGGAUAGUGUUUCUAACAGCUGAAGCAAAAGUAAGAUACUAGGCAGUGAAUUAAAAAAGGAAGAACAACAGAAAACAACCAGCUGUGCUACAGCAACAUGCUUGGGGGCAAUCACUAGUCCUACAGCUCUGAGAAAACCAGAGCACCCCCAUGGCCUGAAAGUUCCAGUGGUGUUGAGCACAGCUGUGGGACUAUCCCCUGUGAUUCUCUGUACAUCCAAGUACUGGGAACUUCGGAAGCUUCAAUGGAUCUUGAACAACAAGGAUUUAAUAUGUAUGAAAUAACACUACACCAACACUUACAAAUAUGCACAGGCUUUGUAGUUUAAUCUCUAAAAGAUGUUUCUUUCUAAAACAUCCUUAAUCAAAAUAAAAACAAAUAAAUUUUGUUUUGUUAGAUAUCUUUUGGCAUGUGGUCUGAGCAUUAAAUGGCUUUAAAAUCCUUAGAAGGUACUUAUUACAGAGUUAUACACAAGUUGCAGAACAGAUGAGAACUAGCCAUACAUCAACCUUUAAUAGCAAUAUAACAAAAUAUUCUUUAAAGCAGUAUUAAACUUCCCCACUUUUUUAAGAAUAUAUAUAUAUGCUGACCCCUGUUUAUUACUGUAUUCAUGCAUACUUAUCAAGUAACUGUAAUACUGGUGACAGUACGUACUGGUCAAAGCAUCACUAUUUUGUUUUUCUUUUCACAUAAAGAACAACAAGGUAUCAUAAUAGGCUAGUGAAAGACUAAUGAUGCGUCUUGGGAGCCCUAUAGGCAAGAGUUUCAAAUGCUUCUUACCCUUACAUCAUCACCACACCAUGAGCGUGCAUGUGUGUGGGAGAGCAGGAGUCUCAUCGUAACCAAGCUAUUGCAAGAACUAAGAGAAAAGCAGAGCUAUGCAAGGAUGCAGUUACCUUUAUUUUCCAAAUACUGCUGUUCAAAGGCAUGGCCAUGAGGAAGGAUCUUCACCUACCAUCUAUA